GUGCAAAACGAAAACACAGGACAGUAUACUCGUUGAUUUUAUGAAAAAGAACCUCACUAUGGCCAAAGGUUACAAGAAGGGUAACAAAGAAUCCAACAACUACAAGUGGGCUGAGCUACUGACACUAUUAAACGAGGCGGGACCUCCAACAAAAAGUAUGGACCAGUGGAAGAGAGUUUGGUGUACCUGGAAACUGGGUAUUCAGAAAAAGCUUAAAAAAGAAAACCCCGGCAAUCUGAACAAAUAUGAAGAUGCUGUUGCCAAAAUGUGCGGCUUCUAUAAAAAUUCGAUCAAAGUUAAUAGAAUGAUAGACCAUCAGAGCAACGAUGGUAAAAACUUGGUAUCCUCAUCACCAAAAAUAAUGGAAGAACUUUUAAAAUCCGUAGAACCAUCGACACCAAGUCGGGAUGAAAACAAUGACGAGAACGAGCAACAUCGAUUGCAGCAGCAACAGCAGCGGGGCCGGAAAUCCAGCAUAAAUGUCAAUGGAGAGCAAUAA